GGUGGUGCUAUCUUAUCCCUGUUCCCGGUGGUGAUUAGUGUUUAGUGUUUAGAGUGGAAAAGUGCAAUAAUAGUACUGUAGUGGUGAUGAUAACGAGAACAUUUAGCCACUAUUCCUGAGCACAAAAAAACUUUUUUGUUUAUUACAAACAUAUUUCAUGUGAUAAUAAACACCAGGAUUUAUAAGUUAUAUCUCGGAAUUGAUUUCAUCGAGAAAAGUACAGUAAAAUCGAAUUUCUAUGCCUAUUGUGUUUGUCAAUGAACCACAACCUCAACAACAACUACAACAUCACCACAACAUAAGUGACACAAACGCUAAGAGAUCUAUGGAAGCGAUCAAAAUAUGUGUGGUUUGCGGGGACCGGGCCAACGGCUAUAAUUUCAAUGUAAUCGCAUGCGAGUCGUGUAAAGCGUUUUUCCGUCGAAAUGCGUUGAGGAAAAAGGACUUAAUACUAACGGAUGAGGAGAAGCGGAUAAUUAAGUUUAAAAUCGCCGAAAACAAGCAGAAAAGGGUGAAACUCAAUGAAAGCCCCAAUAACUCGGUCGACUCCACCACCCUUUCGGCACCGCAAUCGUUGCCCACAUCCCUGUGCAACAACACCGGUAGCAUCGCCGGUGUAGGCCCCACACUAGUUGGCGUAUCCAACCAUACUGCCAAUCAGUAUUUGUCGCAAAUCAUUAUGAAUACCAAACGAAAGUCCGAAUUCCUGGUCAACGGUACACCAUCUCAAGCUCGCAACUGGAACUUUGUGAGCGAUGAGAGCAACGGGUCCAACAGUAACCACAGCCGGCCCUCAGUCAUCAAAUUCUCGCCCAUAGAGGCCAAGAAAACUAACAUGAAUUUAGAGGAACUGGAGUUUUUCAACAAGUUUUUCUGUCUCAACAAACUCGAGGAGAUAUUCCGGUCGGAGAUCGAGAGCGACUCCGCCAACGAGACCGGCGACAAAGACUGUCAUAAGAUUGCCGUUAAGUCGGAAAACACGGACACCUCGGAGAACAGUAACCCCGCGAGCCCUGGCUGUCGGCCGGACGGCGCCACCGCCGCCAUUAGUGUCCCCAAACACGUGCUCAACGACCUCGAGCUGAACCGUAUGAAUGAGUUGAGCCACGCGUUCAAGGAGUUGGCCGACCAGGAGCUCAUAAUUCAAGAGCAGGCCCGACAGCAACAGCAGCACAUGGAUGCCGUGAAAAUGACGGACAACGCCGUGCGACGGCUCAUCCAAAUGAUCAAAAAGAUCAACGGCUAUAAGAAUCUGUGCCAACACGACCAGAUAGCCCUGAUGAAAGCGGGCUGUACCGAGAUCAUUAUACUGCGAUCGGUGCAGACCUAUAACUUCGAGCGCGAGUUCUGGUCGAUACUGAAGGACACGAAGAAUCCGGAGUUCGAGAGAUUGGAUCUCUUGAAGCAGUCUCUCAGGCCAUCCAUUUUCGAGGCACACAAGAAGUUUAUGACACAAAUUGGACACGAAUGGGACACCGACCUGGAUAUUCUUAAUUUGUUAUCGACUAUAGUCCUCUUCGACCCGAACCGACCCAAUAUUAUCCACAAGGAUAUGAUUGCUACCACCAUCACCACCACCACCACCACCACCACCACCACCACUACCACCAUUGGCGUUGUGGUACUG